GCAUGCUGGGCCGGGGGCGCCGCCGGGGCUCGCGCCCUGGGCUGCUCGGCCGCCGCGGCCCCGGGCGCCCGGCAUGUCUGUGCACUACACGCUCAAUCUGCGCGUCUUCUGGCCCCUGGUGACCGGCCUGUGCACCGCCCUCGUGUGCCUCUACCAUGUCCUGCGGGGAAGCGGGGGCGCCCGGGCCGAGGCCCCCGACGGCGCGGACGGCGGCUUCCCACUACUCAAAGCGGCUGCCUUGCUCCUCCUCGGCUAUGUCCUCCUGCGCUGUCGCCACGCUGUCCGGCAGCGCUUUCUUCCUGCGUCUCCCCGUAUGGGGGUCCACUCCGCCUUCUCGCCAAGACCCUUGCGAGAGCCAGGCCUCAGCGUCUUGCUGGAGAGUUACUACGAGCACGAGGUGCGCCUGUCUCCGCACGUGCUGGGCCACAGCAAGGCGCACGUGAGCCGGAUCGUGGGCGAGCUGGUGCGGGCUGGCCGUGCCCGGGGGUCCCCAGGCCCCAUCCCAGGGGGAGCGCUGGCCUUGGCCUUCCGCGGAGACUUCAUCCAGGUGGGCAGCGCCUAUGAGCAGCAUAAAAUCCGCCGGCCCGACGGCUUUGACGUGCUGGUGCCGCUGCGUCUCCCGCCACUGGUGGCGCUGGAGCCACGGAGCCUGGGGGGCGAGCCAGGGCUGGCCCCCGCGUUCAGCGGCUGCUUCGUUUGUGCCCUCAAGGCACCACCCUCGCCAUCACCGUCGGGGACCUCAGGGGGCCACUGGCUUAAGGAGUGCAAGCCCUUCGCUGAUGGCUUCUGCGUGGAUGUGCGUGGGCGGCGCCACCUCUCUGCCACUCUGGUGCUGCGCUGGUUCCAGUCGCACUUGCAGCGCUCCCUGGCCACCGUGCGCUACAGCCUGGAGGGGCACUGUCGGGUCAGCCUGACCCCAGGUGGCCUGGAGCAGCCCCCCACUCUACACAUUCUGCCCUGCCGCACGGACUACGGCUGCUGCCGCCUUUCCAUGGCGGUGCGUCUCAUCCCUGCCGUCCAUCUGGGAGACGGGGUCUUCCUUGUGGCGCCACCACCGCAACCCUUGCCCAUUGGACCCCUGUCGGAGUUCCCGGAGGGCCUGCGCACCGAGGCACUGUGGGGUGUGAACACAGCGCGCCAGGAGCAGAAGCUCCUGAGCUGGCUGCAGGAACGGGCGCCUCCAGGUGCCUGCUACCUCAAGUGCUUGCAGUUGCUUAAGGCUCUGCGAGACCUGGGCGCCCGUGGGCUGGAUUCAACGGCUGCCACCCAGUGGGGACGCAUCCUGUCCUCAUAUGUGCUCAAGACAGUGCUGCUGGCAGUGCUGCUGCGCAAGGGGGCCCCUGCACAAGGCUGGCACGAGGCACACCUAGGCGAGUGCUUGGAGGAAUUGGUGCAGUUCCUCAGGGACUGCCUGUUGCGACGUCAUACGCUCUUCCACUGCGUCCUGGGCCCUGGUGGGGCCGCCGCCGAGGUGGGUCCCCUGCCCAAGGUACUGCGCGAAGCCAGCCCAGUUGACCUCCUGGCCGUUUUCGACGAGCACUCCCGGGAACUUGCAGCAGCGCGGUUGCUGUCCACGUGGCGAAGGCUACCCCAGCUUCUCCGGGCCUACGGGGGUCCCCGCUACCUUGCCAGGUGCCCUCCACCCCGGAGUCAGCGCACCCAGGGGUUUCCUGAAGGGGAACCGUAAACCCUGCAGCACCCCCACCUGGGCAGAUGCUCCUAAAUCCUCUCCCACUGAGUGGGGGUGGGGAUGGCAAUGAAGCCAGUUAAAUGCAAGAUUGCAGAAGGCAUUAGAAAACUUGGAAGAUGCCACAAGCUUUGGUGGCUUAAAUGUCACCCUCAUCUGACAAUCCUGUAUACUUAUGGCAUCUUCUUCACACCCACUAGUGUGUCCUGGGCGAGCUAUGGAAAACUGUGGAAAGGCUGUGGGCAAGCUAUGCAACUGCAGCCUCUAAGAGUUGGUCCAAAUGUUGGUUUGUGUGGGAUGAUUCUGUAGACGGAUCUAGCUUUUAGGCAAGUCCAGUGGAGGAAGCGAGUACUAGCCACAGGGAAAGUUCCUUCUCUCAGUUUUUAGACACAGAUCUCUCUGCCCAAAAAUUUUUUUAAAAACGAAUGUUUUUGACAUAACUACUUGCUAGGUACUGGGUUCCAGAUUGUUUUUAAAAAAAAAAAGCACCUGAAUCUUUAUCCACAACUGGAAUUAAAGUUCUGUUCUAGGGGUUAAUGUUCUCAGGAACAUAAUUUCCACUAUUCAAGUUAAUAUUAAUGUAUUUUUCAAAUGGUGCAAUCACAGGUGUUUGACAAGAUUGUCAAAAAUUAAGUCACACAUGUCAAGAGGCAAUCAAGAGUCGGUUAGAGACACUUCCAGAGCAAAUAGCACUUUAUUUUGAUCAAUUCUCUCCUUUUGUGGUAAUUGCUAGCACCAAGUGUUGCAUCUGAAAGGGAGGCCAGUUACAUUUAUUGUUAAGAAAUUUGCAGCCUCGAAAAACAUCCAACGUGCGUGCUUAACAUCCCUGCCGGCAGAAGCUAGGCUAUAUACCAGUCAGUCAACACCAGUUCAUUGAGCGCCCACUAUGUAUGAGCCAGGCACAGUGCAAAGUAGCCUUAAAGUACAUAUUCAAGACAGCGCUGGGUGAGGGCACAAAACGUGUUGAGUCUGGAGAAAGAUGUGUUUUAGGCUUUACCUAUAAAGGCGUUUGUCCAGGGCUUCCUGCUGGCUGGAGACAGAAACCUUUUUUGUUUUAAGGCUUUUGAGCAAACUCCUUUGCAAAGAGAUUUCUUUCUGAGCUUAAUGAGCUAAUAAUGGAAAGGAAAUGCCUGCUGCAGUGCCUCGCAUGUAGUUAGCGCUCUCAAUCAAUGCCAGUGAUGAUCAGUGCUUGGAAGGUUCUUCUCCCUUGCCCCGGCAGCCUCAUGUGGUUCCCUGAGGCUAACUUUGAGCUGUUGACUGAGCACAGGUCUUAAAAAACAUUUCACUUGUAGUUCAGUGUCUUGGGCUUUAUGCUUGAAGAUACUUACUCUGUGGUCAGUGGGCAGAGGAGACGGCCCUCGCUGGCAGUCUGCUCUUUUUUCUCAUUGGGCAUAAAUAUCACCAAGUUGGGGAGUUGGGUAUAUUUUGUAGCCAGGAGGAGUCCAUUCUGGAAUCUUUCCUGUCCUCCCAAAUUUCUAACGGCCCUCAAUUGCAGUUCAGAAUGGCCUAUCAUCUGCUUGCCUGAUUGGAAAUGCAGCCAGUCCCAGUGUUAUUGGGAUUUUUUUUUUUAAAAAACAAAGACAUGCACUUCCUUAGGCUCAUACUAGUAACUGGGAAGACAGAAAUAGCUAAGUGAAUAGGACCAUUGUUUAAUUUCUGAGCUGCUUUGAGGGAAUGCUAUAAACCUUUCUUUGGGGGACUCAUUUGGUCACUGGGAAAUCAUUGUGAAUAAAUGAUUUAUAGGGAAUCCUUCUCAUCAGAGCUGCGUAGACUUCCUAUAUAUAUCCUUUGCAACCUUGGACUGAAAGAGAAACAGCUGCAAAUGUGCUGUUUCGUUGAGGUCAUCUUGGGGACGGUUCCCCACAAAGGCCAUUCCUAGCUUUAGAGGUCAAUGUUAGGUCAUAAGGUACUGCACUGAGCUAAGGGAUCAGUCCAGCAACUUCCUGCGUAGAAACUGCACACUAUUUUUUUAAAUUAGUUUUUAAAAUAAAUGCCA